AAAAAAUGAGUGCUGGCAAGAAACUCCGAUCAUCAAGUUUUAAAUUGCAAGAAGACGAAACGUACUAUACUGGAUCCAAUAUAUCAUAUUCUGAUGACGACAGUGAAUUGGAUGCAAAACCUUCCAAGUUAAUGAGAGAAAGUGGACAUAAAAUUGAGCGUAAACCAACAAGAGUACCAAAUCUAAAAAUUCAGAAUCGAAAUGCAUUGCUGGCUCGUGAAAAUCGAAAACGUAAGAAGGAAAUGAUUGCGAAUUUGGAAAAAGAUGUGAAUUUUAUACGCGAUGAAAAUUGUCGACUUCACAAAGUAAUUAAAACACAAGAUUGCCAAAUGAAGAAAUUAAACAAGGAAAUUUAUUACUUAAAGUCGGUGCUGAAAAAUCAAACAGAAAUUGUGUCAAUUUUAAAAUCGCUAAACGCAAAGAAUGGAAUGGAAAAAAAUCAUCGUGUGUUAAUCGACUCACCUAAAUCAUCAUCUGACACACUUUCAUGCAGCACAUCCGAUGACGGUAGUAAACAAACAAACGAUCCUUUCUUAGCUUCAUAUAUUGAUGAUUCUUUUUUGAUAGAUUUAGAAGCUGAGAAUAUAGCUACGGAAUGGGAUGAAAUCCUGAAGAGUCCACUCAAUGCAGUAAAUGAUUUUUCAGAUGUACCUGGUUUAGAUCAUACAUCUGGAUCUUCACUAUUUCCAGAAAUAUCAAUCGAACACAAUUAUUCUCAUUACCAGUUAAAUCAAUUUGACGAACCUAAUAUUCCUGGAGUUUGUUUGCACAUCAAUACUGGAAGAAUAUCAUUGGAAUAUUGCUCUGUUUGUCACAAUAAUGCAUCAUAGUUCCUGGGAAAACACAAAUUAAAUGAUGGUACACGAUUUUCUGAAUUAUCUCUUUAUUAUUAUUUCUUAUUGUUAUAUUAACUUAAUUUCAUACAAUAAGCUUAGCAUAUAUUCUGCUAGAAGAUACCUCCAAAAAUGGAUCUUGAUUAUUGCAUUCCGAUCUGCUAGUUAAUUCAAUGAAUAUUUUUAGGAUGUAUAUGUGGACCGAAGAAUGAAAAUGAAAAAUAUC